GGGCGUGACUUUACGUGGUGUAACCAAUCCCCUGUCUCCAUUUUGUGAUGGGCGUGCCAUACAUUCAGUGCUUAGAAGCCGAAGCUAACACCGAAUAAACAACUAAGUUAGCUUGUCAGCAACUUCUGAAAUGGCGUCGUUAACGGCGACAGAACCGGACAUAUGCCCGGGUGCAGCAGAGUCCAUAGUGCCCGCUUGUAUGUUUGCACCGGACCAGGGAUGUGCCGACGAUCCAUCCAGCGGAGAGUGCUUUGAAGACGGCGAGGGCACAAACGGCGAGCCCGCGGAUCAUUUAGACUUAAGCAGCAAGCUGGUCCUAGUGAGUCCAACAGGGGAACAGUAUGAUUCAUUACUACGGCAUCUAAGGGAGCGGAUAGAUGAGGGAUGUGGAGAGACAAUCUAUGUGGUUGGGAUGGGCUCAGAUGGAGGUGAUUAUGGUCUGGAUGACAAAGACAUGGAGGCGUCGGUAGCCACGGUGCGGUCGCUGUGUGAACAGAUUGAGGCUGACCUGAUCUGGCUGAGGGAGAGGACGGAUACCGGCGGAAAGAUUCAGGACUACCUCAUCCGCCGGCGUGUGGGCGAGCAGGAUUUCCUGGAAGUCAGAGUGGCGGUGGUAGGGAAUGUGGAUGCAGGGAAGAGCACUCUGCUGGGAGUUUUGACCCACGGUGAGCUGGACAAUGGCAGGGGCUUCGCUCGCCAAAAGCUCUUCAGACACAAACACGAAAUGGAGAGUGGCAGGACCAGCAGUGUGGGCAACGAUAUCCUGGGUUUUGACCAGGAGGGACAGGUGGUGAACAAACCAGACAGCCAUGGUGGUGGACUAGACUGGACCAAGAUCUGUGAGAAAUCCUCUAAGGUCAUCACAUUCAUUGACUUGGCUGGCCAUGAGAAGUACCUCAAGACCACUGUCUUCGGCAUGACAGGACACCUGCCAGAUUUCUGCAUGCUCAUGGUUGGCAGUAACGCCGGCAUCGUUGGCAUGACCAAAGAGCAUCUGGGUCUGGCACUGGCCCUAAAUGUGCCAGUGUUUGUAGUGGUUACUAAGAUAGACAUGUGUCCAGCCAACAUCCUGCAAGAGACGCUAAAAUUAUUACAGAGGCUAUUAAAGUCACCAGGCUGCAGGAAAAUCCCUGUGUUGGUCCAGAACAAGGAUGAUGUCAUCGUCACAGCCUCCAACUUCAGCUCUGAGAGAAUGUGUCCAAUUUUUCAGAUUUCAAAUGUGACGGGAGAGAACAUGGACCUGUUGAAGAUGUUCCUCAACCUCCUCUCAUCUAGGACCAACUUCAGCAACGAUGAGCCUGCUGAGUUCCAAAUAGACGACACAUACUCAGUACCGGGUGUGGGCACAGUAGUUUCAGGCACUACGUUACGUGGAAUGAUAAGACUAAACGACACGCUGCUCUUAGGCCCAGACCCACUGGGCACUUUCAUCCCCAUCGCCGUUAAAUCCAUCCACCGCAAGAGGAUGCCUGUCAGAGAGGUUCGGGGAGGACAGACGGCGUCCUUUGCCCUCAAAAAGAUCAAACGUUCAUCUAUAAGGAAAGGCAUGGUGAUGGUUUCCCCAAAGUUGAUGCCACAGGCCACCUGGGAGUUUGAGGCUGAGAUUUUGGUGCUACACCACCCCACCACGAUAUCCCCGAGAUACCAGGCCAUGGUCCACUGUGGCAGCAUCAGGCAGACAGCCACCAUCCUGACCAUGGACAAAGACUGUCUGCGGACAGGGGACAAAGCCACAGUCCACUUCCGCUUUAUUAAGACUCCUGAGUACCUGCACUGUGACCAGAAACUGGUGUUCAGGGAAGGGCGCACCAAAGCUGUGGGCACCAUCACAAAGCUUCUCCAAUCCGUGAACACCCAGGCAGCUAAGGCCCAGCAGGCCAAGAUGCAGGCCAGUAAGAAGUAUUUUAAAGAGGGCACAGCAGCUAAUGAAGAGGCUGGAUCAACAGCACGGCCACCUAGUCCUAACGCAGCACAGCUACCACUCAAGUCGGGAGGUGGAGGACGCAGAAGAGGUGGUCAGAGACAUCGAGGGAAAGGACUGAACACUGCAACAAUCUCUACAGCGGUGCCUGCAGGAGCAGCAGGCACCGCCUAAAACCUUCCAUUUCUCUUCAGCUCGCCUCAUCUCCUUUACAGGAAGGGAAAGUGACUAUAUGGCCAUCUGGUGGUUUCACACAAAGACUGACUGCACAUGUUUGUUUAAAUGAUAACUCAACAACUUUGUUGAUUAAUUAUAAAUUAUGAAUAAUUAAGUGAGUGAAUAAUUUUCCUCAUUAGGUCAAUUUAAAGCUUUAUUGGUGUAAUUAAUUGUGGGCUGCUGAAUUUGAUAUUGCGUUUUUAUUUAGUUUGAGUUUAUGCAGUUAUCUGCAAUUGUAGAUUACAUUAUAUAACCUUUUCUAUUUUAAUACAAAGGUUUGGGGGUUUUGUUCAUCAGAACCUAUUUUAGAUUCUUUUUUCCCAGCCAGCAGAAGGAUCAGUCACUUCCCCUGCCUAAACUUUCUUCACCUUCCACAAUGUACUUUAUUUUUUUUUGCGCAUCUUCUUUUCCUCAUUCUACUCUUCUAGCAUUUGUAACACACCUUUUUCCAGAUGGCACCAGGGUUUGGAGUCUAUUUACUGUCACAUCAGUCAUUUGAGGAAGUAGACUGUGUUUAGGAGACUGCUGGUACAUUGACAUUGGCAGUUUAAAUUCACAUUGGGAAUUGAAUGAACUGGAAGGGGAACUUCUUUAGGGUGGUAGCUAAAAUUCUCAUCUGGAAAUCACAAGUAAAGCAAAUCUUCAGAUGGUAAAGGUGCCAUGGUUUGGUGAAUUCUGCUGCCAGUUGACAGGAAAGUUAUAAUCCUAUCCUGGACUUGUGACCACUGUACUGCACUGUUCACCAGUCAUCACUGUCAUGUAACAACAUGCAGCAUCAUUAUCUUCCAUCCAUUUGAUCUCAUAUGGCCUAAGUUUAAUCUAGCCAUUGUAUCAUUGUUAUGCCUUCCUUUUUAAGCCAGUGUUGCAGUUUUACUAGUUCCAGUUCAUGCAGCCAAGAGAGAAUAGAUCCGAAAUACCUUUG